CUGCUCCUCGGAAACGGGAUGUGAUGUAAAUACAGAAACUUUUUUUUUUUUCGUCUUCAGGCACUGGAUGUUUUUUUCUUGUAAAACAUCGAUGAAGGAGCCGAAGAAGGAGUAAAAGGAGCUGAAGAAGGAGUCCAGAGGAGGAGGUGUCUCCGUUAUUUUCGUCCACAAUGACCCGCUGGGCCUCCUGAAACCCGUCCGGACCGAAGUGAAGCCAGAACGGCUGUGGAUCGGGAUCGGGACCGCGGACAGAGAUGUAGCGUGUGUGCUGGUGUGAUCGCCGGACCAUCAUGCACCUCUUCCUGCUGCUGAUUCUUCACGCCACAGCAGCCGACGGACAGGUCGACCCCGAACACUGCCGCUAUGCUUUGGGCAUGGAGAAUGGUCUGAUUAAAGAUGAUGACCUCACAGCAUCCAGCCAAUGGUACGAGAGCACAGGACCACAGUACGCCAGGUUGAAUCGCGAGGAGGGGGACGGCGCCUGGUGUCCUAAGGGACAGCUGGAACCUGCAGACAAUCAGUACCUGCAGGUGGACCUGGGCAGACUCACCUUUCUGACAGGGGUCGCCACUCAGGGACGCUACAUCAGGAACAAUGGAAACGAGUUCGCCCGAUUUUACCGCCUCAACUACAGCAGAGACGGCCUGCAGUGGAAGACCUGGAGAAACCGGCUGGGAAACCAGGUCAUCGAGGGCAACAAGAACGCCUACACCUCCCUCUACAACGACCUGCACCCAUCGGUGGUGACUCGCUCCGUGCGCUUCAUCCCGGUCACCAUGCUGUCCACGGCGGUGUGCAUGAGGGUGGAGCUUUACGGCUGCUCGUGGGACGAUGGUCUGAUCUCCUACAGCGCUCCAGAGGGCCAACUCAUGAUGCCUCCAGGUUACCCCAUCGCCAGUCUCAAUGACUCCACCUACGACGGAGUUCACGAAAGGAGGAGCCUGUUCGAUGGACUGGGUCAACUGACAGAUGGUGUGUCGGCAAGGACGACUUUCGUAGUACCUCGUCAACACCAUGUGUGGCCGGGCUACGACUACUUGGGCUGGAGAAAUGACUCGCUGGGAACGGGAUACGUGGAUCUGGAGUUCGUCUUUGACCAUCAGAGGAACUGGUCCUUCGUCCAGGUUCACAGUAACAACAUGUUCUCCCGGGGUGUGAAGAUCUUCUCCUCUGUCUCCUGCUCGUUUAAGCCCCGCCUAAUUGCUGGCUGGGAGGCGGAGACUGUGGCAUUUAAGACUGUUCUGGAUGACAAGAACCCAAGUUCCCGUUACGUCACCGUUCCGCUAAACCGCCGCACCGCCAAGUCCAUUCGCUGCCGCUUUUACUUUGCUGAUGUCUGGAUGAUGUUCAGUGAAAUCUCAUUUCCAUCUGAGGAUACGGCAUUCCCGACUCCGAUGACCCCGGUAGUGACUUCUCCUUCAUCCGCAGAGGAAACUGAUAUUUCGACCACUCCAAAGACAGCCAGUCCGUCGGCCAGCGACCAGCCGGACAACGGGAACACGCCCAUUCUGAUUGGCUGCCUGGUGACCAUCAUCCUGCUGUUGGUCAUCAUCAUCUUCCUCAUCCUCUGGUGCCAGUACGUCUGCAAGGUGCUGGAGAAGGCUCCUCGGCGGAUCCUGGACGAGGAUGUGACGGUUCGGCUGUCAUCCUGCAGUGACACCAUCAUCCUCCAGACCCCACCCGUCCCUCCCCGCUUUAGCCACGCCCCUACAGGUCCCUCCCACACAGACCCCCACUAUGAGCGAGUUUUCCUGCUGGACCCACAGUACCAGAACCCGGCGGUCCUAAGAAACAAGCUCCCGGAGCUGUCGCAGAGCGCCGAGGCUUCAGCGUGUGGCGGUGGCUACGCUGAACCCGACAUCACCCAAUGCACGCCGCACCAGUGUUUCCACAGCAACGCUCCUCACUACGCUGAGACAGACAUCGUCCGACUGCAGGGCGUCACCGGCAGUAACAUGUACGCUGUUCCCGCCCUCACUGUGGACUCACUUACCAGGAAGGACAUCUCGGCCGCCGAGUUCCCACGGCAACAGCUGGUCUUCAGGGAGAAGCUUGGGGAGGGGCAGUUUGGAGAGGUCCAUCUGUGUGCAGCAGAAGGACUCCCAGAAUUCCUUGGGGAGGGAUCCCCUCUCCCUGAUAGGGAUGGUCAAUCAGUACUGGUGGCUGUAAAACAGCUGAGGGCCGAUGCCACCGGUCAGGCCAGGAACGACUUCCUGAAGGAAAUAAAGAUUAUGUCUCGUCUGAACGACCCGAACAUCAUCAGACUGUUGUGUGUUUGUGUGUCUUCUGACCCGCUGUGCAUGGUGACCGAGUACAUGGAGAACGGAGACCUCAACAUGUUCCUAUCCCAGAGGGAGAUCGAGAGCACGCUAACACAUGCUAAUAACAUCCCAUCAGUCAGUCUUUCCGACCUACUCCACAUGUCGGUGCAGAUCUCGUCAGGGAUGAGGUACCUGGCAUCGCUGAACUUUGUCCACCGGGACUUGGCCACCAGGAACUGCCUGCUGGACCGCCGGCUCACCAUCAAGAUUGCAGACUUCGGGAUGAGUCGAAACCUGUACAGCAGCGACUACUACCGCAUCCAGGGCCGGGCGGUGCUGCCUAUAAGAUGGAUGGCCUGGGAGAGCAUCCUCCUGGGUAAAUUCACCACAGCCAGUGAUGUGUGGGCAUUUGGUGUCACCCUGUGGGAGAUUUUCACUCUGUGUAAGGAGCAGCCCUACAGCCUGCUGUCCGACGAACAGGUCAUAGAGAACACUGGCGAGUUCUUCAGGAACCAGGGCAGACAGAUCUUCCUGUACGCUCCACCGCUCUGCCCACCCUCUCUCUUCGAGCUGAUGAUGCGUUGUUGGAGCCGGGACAUUCCGGACCGACCUACCUUCGAAGGCCUUUACCAGGCCCUAAGGCCCCAUGUCAACCAGUGAGCCGAGGCCCAACCAGCACCGGGGUUCUCCUUGGGACUCCUGUAACGCGGACUCUGGACUCUGCUGUCAGAGACACUGAGGACACCUGCAGCGCCGCUGUGCAGGAACAGUUCUGUUGCGGUUGGACCCGGUGGCCCGUCUGCCGGAGCAGGACUUCCUUUCGGACUGUUUUGAACGGUUUUGGGCGUCCUGUGGUUUUAUUUUUAUUCUUGUUGUAAAGCACUGUGUCGUUCCCGUUCACUUAUUCCUGAUCAUAUAUUAAUCCACACUGGAGCUAGCGUUAGCGUCGAACUGUUCCAUAGAUAAUUUUUAGAUGGUUUUAUUUUCGCCUUUGAUCGUACUAUUGAUGAUGUGGUUCCAACUGAACUGUGGUGAGUUUUGGUAAAUAAUCCCUGUUUCUGGCACAUUAAGCCAAUCGGGUACGAGCUGUGCUGUUGUGUUACCAAAGACAAUUAACAGCAUCAGUGUUGCAAUCAAACAUUUUAAUAAAAGUGUCAACAUCUUC